UCUUUUCCGAUACUCUUUCACUCACUCAGCAUAUUAUAAUGCGAUAGAAGAAAGCAAUGGAAACCAAAGCCGCGAUGAAGAGGAAUCAAACCCCCAACGACAUCAUGAAACGAUCCUCCUCUUCAAAUUCCGAGUCAUUGACUCACUACGAGUCCCCGCACUCCCCUCUACGAUCCGAGCAGGGCGACCCCGACAAUACCUCCAAUUAUGCUUCCCCUGAAGCUUCCCCCGUUAAACCCCCCUUCGACAACUCCAAGGCACUCGUUGCCAUCGACAAGUCCACCCAGUUCAACCCCAAUUCUUCUCCCUUUUUUUCACCGCCUCCUCCUCCGAGUACUCCACCGCAACACUCGUUGCAUUUGACAGUGAACCGCGCCGUGAGGGAGGAGGGACCGAGGGCAACCACGAGGACCAAGGUGAGCGGCGGAGCUGGCGGAGGAGGAGCGGGAGCAGUGGCGGCGGUACUGAGGAGAUCGAAGGUACAUCAUAGGGUGAUUAUGGCGGCUUUAGGGUUUCGAUUAAGCGAGAUCGUUUUGUGCUUGAUUUCUUUCUCUGUUAUGGCUGCUGAUAAAACACAAGGCUGGAGUGGUGACUCUUAUGAUCGCUAUAAAGAAUACAGGUACUGUUUAUCAGUAAAUGUGAUUGGGUUUAUUUAUGCGGGGUUUCAAGCCUAUGAUGUAGCCCACUAUCUCAUGACAGAAACGCAUGUCAUCCACCAUCACCUUUUUCUGCCUUUCGCCUUCUUCAUGGAUCAGAUACUGGCCUAUCUUUUGAUUUCAGCAUCAUCUGCAGCAGCCACCCGAGUGGAUGAUUGGCAAUCAAACUGGGGCAAAGACGAGUUCACAGAAAUGGCAAGUGCCUCGAUUGCAAUGGCAUUCCUAGCAUUCGCUGCUUUUGCAUUUAGCUCGCUUCUAUCCGGUUACGAACUCUGGACCCAAGAAUCUCCAUGAGCUCUCUGAUUGUAUUUAAAAUUACAUAGCAAUCGGAUUAAAACAACUUUUGAGUUGCAAAUUUUAAUUAUUGUACACGGAAGAACAUCUAUAGCAUGUUUUUUUUCUUACAAUAUUUUUUCCCUUGAAGAGAUAAUAAUGUAAACAUAGUGGA